CGACUCUUUGGGAAAGACAAUGAAAAAACGAACCAAUGAUGAUUAUACAACAGGGAAUAGAUGCUUAUAUAAAGCCGAUUUCAAAGACGACAAUUUGCCUAAAUUCUGCAGAUUUUAAGCAUUUGGUGGCAGCACUUCUGUUCUGAAGCAGGCGGACGUACGUAGAGAAGACUUCCAGUCAGUGACGCCAAGCUGCACAACAACAAGCCUCUCCUUCAGCUUGCUUUCCACACUUGACUCUCCUGAAUUUGUGUCCGUACGAACUGACUCUUUUCGUGUGUUUGUUUUUUUUUGCACACUGCAAGAUAAACUCUGCGUCCUCCAGGCACAGCGAUCCGUCAUGAACUCUGGAAGCAGGCACUGAGACGAGACCGAGAUGCUGAUGUCUGGGAGGCUCCAUCGCCUCCUGCUGGCUGGGACCUGUCUCUGUGUCUGUGGGACCCCUGUCCACCUCCCAAACUCCCCCCCCACACAGGCCAGCUCAGUUACAACUGUUGGGUCAAUGCACACUACAGAUGUAAAGUCUGAACCCUCAGACACAGAGCUUGUGACUGGCCUGAUAUUGAAUGUAGGUGCAGUAGGAGGGGCUGGCCCACAUGGACAACCUGAGGGGAUGGAUCCAGUGACGCAGACGGAAAACGGGGACAGCUUUGGUGGAAGAUCUGGGCCGAGUGAGGCCGGCGGAGAGGCAUGGAGCCAAAGCAGCGGGGUAAAGAAGUUUGGGAGCUCAUCUGAGAUGGGAGACGAUCAAGGACAGACGGAGGCAGCUGCGGUGCUGUCUGUUGAACCCGACGUCAGACAGGAGGACAUAGCUGUCGACAAUCAGCCUGUGUUAAGUUCUACAGGUGGGAGAAAGCUGUUGGACACAGCAGUUACAGUGAGAGAUGGAUUUUUAGCCUCCUCAUCAGAGGCCCCACAGCUGAGCAUCACAGCCAGUGAGGCCAAAGACCAAGGUGAGGAGGACCAGACAAAACUAGACCCAGAAACAAGCUUGCCAUCCACUACAGAACCUCCAAAUCCUGGCACACCUAUCCAGACACCAGCCUCCCACAGCUCCAUCCCUCCCACGGUCUUUGUCUCUCCUCGGACCUCCACACUUUUGUCGAUUUGGGGCCAUGAUGAAACAAUGUCCUCCCUCCCAGACCCCUUGUUACCUGAAAUUGGACCAAACCUGAUGCCCAGAGAGGAUGGACCAGAAAGCCUGUGGACAGAGGCGGCUCGGCCCAGUGGAGUGGACACUGCGGUCCCGCCGUCUCAGGAUGAGGCCACAGAGGGCACCAUGUCGUCUGAGGCGCUCCCUCUUAUCUUCGAGCCGUUGGAAGAUGUCACAUCAGAAGCAGCGGCGGCGGUCACACGGGUGCCCGGUCCCUCGCAAGCCCCAUUCCUGCUGAUGCCAGACUGGACGUCACCUUGGCAGACGUCUGGCGGGGAGCUCCUGGAGCCAAUCGGCUCCUCGGGUCCGUCUGUGUCACAGCUGCAAGGCGGAGCUGAGGAUCAGUCUGAGAGAGGUGCUGCGAGGACACCGAACCUCGAGGAGCGCUUGCCCACCGCCAGCCCCUCCUCCUCCUCAUCCUUCCAGCAUGCUAUGACAACGGUAACCAUGGCAACCCAUCAUCCGGAGCACAAAUCCAGAUCAGGGUUGGAGGAGAUGGAGUCUGAGGAGGAGCCAGAUGAAGACGAGGACGAUGAGAUCUCUGAGGAAUCGGUGGAGGACGAGAGCGAGGAGGACCUAACAGAAACACCUAAAAAAUCGUCAACGCGGCCCCCGUACAGCCUCAUCCCUCCGCCCCCCGUCUGGGUUCAACGCAACCAGGGGUUGAUGAGGAGCUGGGUAGAGCUGAUCAGAGAAAAGGCGGGUUAUGUGUCUGGGAUGUUGGCCCCCGUUGGCAUCGGCAUCACCGGGGCCCUGCUCAUCGUCGGCGCCCUCUACAGCAUCCGCAUGAUUUACCGCAAGAGGAGGAACAGCUUCAAACACCAGAGGAGGAAGGUCCGGCAGCCAGAGCAACCUCGAGAGCCCGGGACCAGCUGUCAGGACCAGGCCAUGCUGCUGGCCGACAGCUCCGAGGACGAGUUCUGACGAAGUCCUCUGGGCCCCCUUUCGUCCGUGACCAAUGGCGGAUGCUCCCGUAAUGGAGGCUCUGCAAACACCCCCAUCGCAAUGACUACCGCAUCUCCAAUCACAGGGCUGUCUGGUCUGUGACUCAUCUGAUCCACAGUGAGAGACUUAGUGGCCUGUAGAGCACAAUCUGCACUAACGGUCAGCUUUAAAUGCCCUCUCUUACGAAAGCACCAAUGUGAGCACCUUUCUGAACGUCGUCAGGUGAUGUCGACUUUGUUAGGCAGAGCUGGCGUGAUGCACUUUGACAUAAAAAUGAUAUUGCUGCUUGUGAAAAAAUAAAAAAAGCAUUAGCAGGGUUUUGGCAGGAUGGAAGUGUUGCUGGUAAAUUGUUUGAGUUGAGGGAAACGUGUGGGGCAGCGGGUUUUCUGUCAAGUAAUAAAAAAUAAAAAAAGGGCUGUAGAAGAGUUACAUUACAUAAACAAUGUAAAUAUAUAUGUACUGUAUAUGUAGCUGACGUCAGUCGUUUUAGUGUAAAUAAAGUUUUAUUUCUUGCCACACAUCUAGGAUAUUUAAAGGAACAUUUUUGGGAAAUUAUCUUAUUUGCUUUCUUGCCGAGUUAGAAAGAAACCAUCUAAACUACUCUUGUUUAAAUGUGACUUUUGUGGAAAUGUAAAUGGUUUAUUCGAAGGCAUUCGUUUGUUUAAGUUACUGUGAGACGCACAUACAAAAUACCAUAAAUCUAUAAAAGUAUGUAGCAUAAAACAGAUCUUGAUGUACAAUAUAACUCUGAUAGAAGUCAUUCUUUUGCCACUUCUUUUUUUUUUUUAAAGUGCAUGACUCGUAGGUCUAUUCAUACGCACCGCUCGUAGCAGAGACGUCUAAUGAAUGAACGGUUUCUGUUGGCUGGAAAAGCACAAACAUUGAAGACCAGAAGUUCAUAUUUUCACAAGUGGAUUACUUUGAACCGGCUCAUUUUUUUUGCACAAUCGUGACAUUUGUGCUUUAAUCCGGUUCAGACGAGGACAGAUACAGAAGACAAGACUCCUCACGGGAAUCACAUAUGCGAUGUGUAUAUGUAGUCAAAUCCAGUCGUUACGUUUUAAGGAAAAAGAGGAAAUUAUGUCAUAAAAAGGUCUGUAGUUCAGACAGAAAGGAUGCAAAAAAUUAUCUGAAAGCUGCUCUUUGAGCCAUGUUUGUAACACCGUCUUCAAUACAAAGUCUUCGUUCAAAGGAAAUAUGUUUUCUGUAACUUCACAAGCCAUUUGAUAAGCUUCAUGUACAACUGCCUGUUUAUUUGCAAUAAUACUGUUUUAGAGUACGUGUGGUGUAAAAUAGUGGACACUUUUUUUUGUCUCUUCAUGUAGAUAUGAAAACGUGAUCAAAUAAACAAUUCUCUCAGA